UUUCCUUGUCAUUCUUGUUGCUCGCCAUCUGGUCAGCAUGGACGUUGUGAUGGAACAUCUCUGUGAGAGAAAUCUGAACCGGCUGUGGGAAAAAAUAAACACUCAUAAACAACUAGAGCCAAGAGAGUUAAUUGAGUGUAAAAAUUUUGCUGUUCUUCUGAGGUUAAUGCUCAUCCAAGAGGGUGGAGACAAUCUUUACUUCGAAACACCUCUCAGCACCACGGAAGUUCAAGUCCUUCAAUAUAACUGCGAAAUUCUAUCACGGAAUAAAGACUUUACUGAUGUAAUAGCUAAUAUCUUCCAAAAGCUUACUCUCAUUGAAUGCUCGAUCAACCCUGGUGAUCCGCUAGUAGUGUUUAUUCAACAAUUAAGGAUUGAUUUUUCUAAGGUCUAUUGGUUCAAACAAUUGUGUGCAGUUGACGUCGAAAACGUAUAUCGUCGUUUUGUCAAAGUUUCUAAGAAGUCCAUAAAGAGUAAGGAGGUGGAGAAACGCAUGAUUGAAAUGAUACAAACAUCUUUAUCUAGUUGUCUAGAAGGUGACGAAAGCACAAGAUCGAUAGCAUCUUACACAUCAUACCUAGAGAACAUCUUUUCUAAAGUCAAUUUGUGGAACAUUCGGAAAUGUCGGAUCGAAUUUUGGCUUUUUAUGGAUCAGAUUAUGCUAAUUGGGUCAAAUAGACAUCGUUCUCGACCUUCACCAACUCGUUCGGCUAUUAAAGAUGAGGAUGGAGACGUAUUAAUGAAUUUGGUCGAUCAACAAAUAAAUGAUGACUUGAAAACU